AUGGCUCCAAAGAUAGCUAAUGUUUGUUUUGAAGCCCUAGAAGCAGACAACGAGAACCUAUGGGCGGAUCAACAAAAGAUGGCCGAAGAUAUGCAAAAAUCACUAGAGAUAUCUACAGAUCUGAUGCACCAACUCCUAAAAAACAUGCAACAAUUCCAGCCGACAGUAGGUGCUCGAUUGGAUUCCUAG